GCUCGAUUUGUUGCAAUGACGAAACGUCGCCCUUCGAAUAAAAAGCCGACGGGAGUCAAUACCUCUCUUGGAAAAUCACUUACGAAUGAACGUGAACGAGUUCGAAAAGCACAUCAACGAUCCAAGUACGAUGCUGAAGAGAUCGAAAAUCCAGCAUUUCUAGAGGCUGAAUCGAAGAAAUGCAUAGAUUCUAUCACUGAUGAAACAAGUCUUGAAGAGUUUUUGGCAAAAGCACAGCUUGCUGGCACAGAAUUUACUGCAGAAAGAGAACAAAUUCGCGUUGUCGAGAAAGACUCUGCAGUGGUUAUUCCUUCCCGAGUACAAUAUGAGAACAAUCUCGAAUUACAAAAGCAAUUUGAACAUCGUCUUAGAAUUCCUCGAAGACCUCCCAAAGAUCUUUGGAAUACUGCAGAGGAGUUGACUAAGUUUGAGAAUGAAGCGUUUCUGAGAUGGAGGUCAGAUUUGUCAGAGUUACAAGAGGUGCGGUUUAUUCUUGUCUGCAAAGGCGUAAAAACGUAA